AUGUGUUUCACUAAAAAAGCAAAGAACUCGUUACGUGAACGCUCGAAAGUCACUCCGGCGCCGAGUGAGAGUUGUGAGAGCUCAAAAGAGACUUCGAGACUUUCAAGUAAGCGACAAGCGGAAAAGAAUGGAGGAACUGGAUUGGCAACGACUACUCCGUUGGCUCAAACGCCGGGAGUGGCUGCUGGAAAAGGCGUCAAUCAGAAGGCGAUGGUUGUGGUUAAGCCAUGGGUCCAGCGCACCCUGGACAUGGGUGUGCCGGCGUUGGUUGAUGAGUUCCGUGGAUUGGCCAGGUACACUCCAGAGGGGAUGACAACGGAGGCGUUCAAUGCGAAUAAAAAUAAGAAUCGAUACCAAGACGUUCCAUGCCAAGACAAAGGUCGAAUCGUUCUCAAAUUCCCUGGUCUCCAAUCGGACUACAUUCAUGCCAACUACCUUGGCACCGCCCAUAAUCCCAAAAAGUUUAUCUGUGCCCAAGGACCAUUGGAAAACACUCAACACUCGUUUUGGGCGAUGGCACUUCAGGAGAAAGUGGAAUGCAUCAUAAUGCUGUGCAAUUGUAUUGAAAUGGCGAAAAUCAAGUGUCAUCAGUAUUGGCCGUUGGAGAAGGAUCAGAAAUUGGUUUUCGGAAAAGCACCGAAUCAGAUUACUGUAACUAAUAUGGGCGCGAGAAAGAUGUCACCGGAGGAGCAGUGUAUUAAUGUGACUAGUCUGAAAGUGGAUUGGGUUGAAGGAUCAAGGACCAUUCAACAUCUUCAAUGGGAGAACUGGCCGGAUCGAGGAGUACCACAGACUAACCUUACUGCUAUUAACCUUCUCUCAGCUACUCGUGGCAACCAGAACCCAAUUCUGGUCCAUUGCUCAGCCGGAAUCGGUCGUACUGGAACAAUUGUAGCCAUCGCCUAUGUCCAAGACAAAAUGAUGGCUGGAGAGGAUUGUAUGGCGAUGAAUGAGUUGCUCAAAGAGCUCCGCUCCCAUCGUCCAUGGUCCAUUCAAAAUGAAUUUCAAUACCUGUACCUCCAUCGCGUUCUUCUCUCCUAUUUCCUCGAACGUCAUAAGGAUGCUUAUGAGGAAUUAUUGAUUGGAGAGAAUGGAAGAAAAUAUAAGAAAUGGGUUGAGGACUACGCCACCGCUACUGGAUCCAAUCUUCAGAAGUGA